AUGAUCGAGCAGUGUCGCAUGAAGCUCAACACCGAACAGGUGCGGAAGUACCAGAAGACCCUGGCCUUCUUGAUCACCUGUGAGAAUGGCACCCCACCUGGAAACUGGGCAACGGUGGAGCUGAAUGCUCCACGCUUCGUCGCCUGCCGCAUGCUGUGGCAGCUGCGGGCGGCCAACCAGGCGGCGUUCCAAGCAGCCGGAGCUCCGGAGAACUUUGCUGAGUUCCGUGCUCAGUGCCCCCAAGAACUGGUGCCAGACAAGGUGCUGAAAGCCGUGCUACGGGACGCAAUGGAAACCACUAUCGUCGUUCUGGGAGUGGACGGCAUGCAGGGCCUCGAAGGCUUCGACCUACGUGCUGAGGAGGCAGGUAAGGCGAAACCGUUCUAUGAGGUCAUGCUAGAAGUGUGCCGGCUCGUCAACCAAGAGCCCUCUCCGCUGGUGGUAGGAUGCGUUUCUGCCACUGAAACUCUGGAUCACGGCCUGGCAUCGUCACCCCAGUUGCGCCACCGCCUAACCCUCCCUCGUGUGAGCCGGGUGGAGGAAAAUGGCAAGGACAUGGUUCCGCAUCAUCGCCUCAAGAAUUUGCUGGUGCAAGACAUGGGAGGCCACGGCCGAGCUUUAGAGGCUCUUGUGCAGGCGCUGGAGGAACAUAAAGAUGACAGCGAUGCUUCUGCUGUGAUUUGGGCAGUCAGGCAGCAACUGUCAAAGAAGUACCCCCGUGCUGGCAUCCUUGGCAGGUCGGGCUCGCAAACCUUCGACGAUGACUCUAUCAAAGCAGUUCUUCGCACGGCACUGUCAGGCAAAUGGGUUCGGCGCGGUGUCAAGCUUGUGAACAUCGAUGCUGAGAAGGCAGACUUGAUGCGUUUGCAGUACAAUGAUACCUGCACUUACUACCGCAUUGAAGUUCCGUACAUAUGGCUGCACAUGAUGCUCAGCACUGUGGCAGCAAAUUCUGUAGAUCUGGCCCCAUGGCGCCUGAUGGACUACAACCAGUUUCUGAGGGAUCCACCGCAAGAUGGCACAGAAUGGGAGGAGUUCAACGCAGCCUUUAGAGUGUUGCGGUCUUGGGCUUUCGAAGAAAAGGAAGCAGUGCCAACACGCUCUUUGCACAGCGGUGCAAUCAUACAGCCAGGUACCUUAGCGGAGAAGAUGGUCAUCAAUCACCAUCUGAAGCGCUUCAAGGCAACGCAUCGCAUAGCAACGGCUUCAAAUGUCUGCGGCAACCCAAAGCCCAACAAAGGCUCAGCAGCGACAAAGCCCGCCCGCAAUCUCAACAAGCAUGUGUGCGAAGUCGAUGGCGAGGAGACCACGGUCAAUUUGACGCGGACUGAUGUUCUUGUUGUGAAUGCCAAGGGUGCGCCUGCUGCAGAUGCGGUCCUUCGCUUGCGCACCCAGACUGGCGAUCUGAUCGCAGCGUGCUUGCAGAUGAAGCAUGGGCAGUCAGCUUGUCACCUAGAAGCUGAGCGUGCGAAAGCCUGUGGUGAAGAUGACAUCUUCGUGGUGCUGCGAAACAUCAAAACUGACACUCCAGCUGGCGAGAACUUGAUAUUUGUGUCCGAGGGUCAGUUCGCAGAAUACUACGGAGUUUACAGCGGCAGGGCAUUCAGCAGUGCGGCCAGAAGCGUGUUGUUGCUCGCACGGGUAUGCUUUGGCCGUUCUUUUGCUGUCCUCACGCGUGGGCUGGAAGGUGGUUCCCACACGCUUCGACCUUCAGGCAUCGAAGGUCGUGCUUGGGAUUGGUCACAGCAAGCACCGCGGGCUGUGAACAGUCUUCGCUCCGACUACUUCACCAUCUUCGUGGCUGGGUUCAGCUUGCCUGUAGCCAUGGCGGCUGCUGCCAUUGCCCUUGGUGCGGCGCUGGCGGACGAUGAGAGGGUCCAGGUGCGCCAGGCGCACGUGCGAGAGCGUGCCAGCGCUUGGAUGCACGAGAUCGUGGUGCAGCCGAGGGCUGAUGUUCAGAUGACCAUCGAGGACAUCAGGGCUGCCCGGCGCUUGCUUGAGCGCUCCCUUCAGGUGCAGCUGUCCUUCUUCGUCAAGGUCAAGCUGCAGAUGGAACUGGUGCAGCCGGCGGUGGAACGGGCAGAGGUGCCGCUGGAGUGGCCUGCAGAUGAGCCGCGAGUGGAGACCUACUUUCUGAACAUGGCUCCUUUCCUUGUGCCCCCCCAGGCAAACAUCGCCCGCCGCAUGAACGGCAUCAUCAGCGAUGCAAGGGCUUCCUUCGA